AGUGGGCUAGAGAGCCCUGACAUUUUCCUGGAUGAAAUUCCUCCUGCCACAGUGACCUCUGCGUAACCCCUCAUCCUCAUCAGCAAUUCACCCCUUCCCUGUCUCCUUCCUCCUGCAGCCACUGCCCACCUGUAUCCAGCAUGGCAAAUUUCACACCAGUCAACGGCAGCUCAGCCAAUCAGUCUGUGCGCCUCGUCACAGCAACCCACAACCACCUGGAGACAGUGGAGAUGGUGUUCAUUGCCACAGUGACAGGCUCUCUGAGCCUGGUGACUGUUGUGGGUAACAUCCUGGUGAUGCUGUCCAUCAAAGUCAACAGGCAGCUGCAGACAGUCAACAACUACUUCCUGUUCAGCCUGGCAUGUGCCGAUCUCAUCAUAGGUGUAUUCUCAAUGAACCUCUACACCGUGUACAUCAUCAAGGGCUACUGGCCCCUGGGAGCGGUGGUCUGUGACUUGUGGCUGGCCCUGGACUAUGUAGUGAGCAAUGCCUCUGUCAUGAACCUUCUCAUCAUCAGCUUUGACCGCUACUUCUGCGUCACCAAACCCCUCACCUACCCUGCCCGCCGCACGACUAAAAUGGCAGGCCUCAUGAUUGCUGCUGCCUGGGUGCUGUCCUUUGUGCUCUGGGCCCCUGCCAUCUUGUUCUGGCAGUUUGUGGUGGGCAAGAGGACAGUGCCUGACAACCAGUGUUUCAUCCAGUUCUUGUCCAACCCGGCAGUGACCUUUGGCACAGCCAUUGCUGCCUUCUACCUGCCCGUGAUCAUCAUGACGGUGCUGUACAUUCACAUCUCACUGGCAAGUCGCAGUCGAGUCCACAAGCAUCGACCUGAGGGUCCCAAGGAGAAGAAGGCCAAGACUCUGGCUUUCCUCAAGAGCCCCCUGAUGAAGCCGAGUAUCAAGAAACCUCCACCAGGGGGCGCCUCUCGAGAGGAGUUGCGCAACGGGAAGCUGGAAGAGGCCCCUCCGCCAGCCCUGCCCCCGCCUCCACGCCCAGUGGCCGACAAGGACACUUCCAAUGAGUCUAGCUCGGGCAGUGCCACCCAAAACACCAAGGAACGGCCGCCCACAGAACUGUCCACCACAGAGGCCACCACACCAGCCCUGCCCGCCCCUACCCUGCAGCCACGAACCCUCAAUCCAGCCUCCAAAUGGUCCAAGAUUCAGAUUGUAACAAAGCAGACGGGCAAUGAGUGUGUGACAGCCAUCGAGAUUGUACCCGCCACGCCAGCUGGCAUGCGCCCAGCAGCCAAUGUGGCCCGAAAGUUCGCCAGCAUCGCUCGCAACCAGGUGCGAAAGAAGCGACAGAUGGCGGCCCGGGAGCGCAAAGUAACUCGGACCAUCUUUGCCAUUCUGCUCGCCUUCAUCCUCACCUGGACACCCUACAAUGUCAUGGUCCUGGUGAACACCUUUUGCCAGAGCUGUAUCCCUGAGAGGGUGUGGUCCAUCGGCUACUGGCUCUGCUACGUCAACAGCACCAUUAACCCUGCUUGCUAUGCACUCUGCAAUGCCACUUUCAAAAAGACCUUCCGGCACCUCCUGCUGUGCCAGUAUCGGAACAUCGGCACAGCCAGGUAGACAGGCAGGUGUCCUAGGAGGUGCUGGUGUCAUGAGUGUACCGGGGAACCACAUGGGCUCACCGGCUGUGGAGGAGAGAGUAGGCGGCCCCAUUCUGAGUUCGCAUCUGCUAAAGAGAACAGGUCUCUUAGACAGUGAGGCACAAGAGGCUCUUUGCUGGGUUUGCAGAGCUCUACUGAAGCCCAGGAGGCUCAGUCCAUGGAGGGUCUGAACUGGCACCACCUGUCCCCUCUCUGUCACCCUGCCUCAGGAAGAUGGGGGACAAUGGCUGGAGUAGGCAGCUGCUCUGUCAAGGCCAACCAUCAGCAGAGGCCGAAGAAUGGCUAGGAGAGCAGCGGUCAGGGGCAUCUUGAGAGGAUCAAAGGAGCCAGGCUUGGAAGGUUGGGGUACCCUGUUCUGCUGUAAUUGGUGCUUUCUGGCUCCCUGCAA